AAUGAAUGAAGAUGUAGUUAUAUAAGAAGAAGAAGAAGAGGUGUCAUGUUGAAAGCUAAGCUAGAAAUCGAAUGAAUUAAAGAUAUGACGGAUAUGAAAGAAGUGAUGUUGUGUUGCUUCAUGCUCUUCCUCUAUUCAUGCACUUCUGCAACUUCUUCUCUUAAUAACCUAUCCUCUUCUGCUUCAGUUGAUAUGAAGGCAAGGAUGGAAAACAAAGUAGGAAGUGAAGGCCAAGCCAACAACAAUAAUUACAACACAAUUAGAAGAAGCAUAGGAGAGGAGAUCAAGAAUGGGCAUGGAGGAGUAGGUGGCGGCCAAGGUGGCUCCGCCGGCAACGGCGGAGAUAAUGGGCCACACCAGCCGGGGUCUUCAAUACCCAUCUACGCCGCCAAUUCCCACCAGAAUCCCCAUCACGGCAAAGGAUCAGCCUCCACCAUGACCAAACCAUGCCCAUUGGCUCCAGCUCUAUCUGCAACUCUUUUGCUGCUGUUUCUUGGAUCCGGGUUUAGCCCAAUUUUCCGAAUUUGAAUUUUCAGGGGGGAGGACACUGUUUCCUUCUGUUAAUGUAUCCCUUUGAUUGUAUGGCAAUUAGCAAUAAUACACAUGGUGUAUGAAUGUAUAAUGGAUCUGGGUACGUUUGGAAGAACAAUUAAACUAACGUAGUAGUGGAGCCGUUCACCGUACCAUUCUAAUCGUAAAAAUUUCAAUUAUAUUAUUGAAUAGAUAAGGGUCUUGU